AAAUACAAAUUUUGUUCGUUAAAUUUUUCGUUUUACACAAAUUCUAGUAGUGUCACACAACAAAAUUUUCUAGCCAGCAAAAUUGUUCGUAAUAUUUUUUAGUUGAAUUUGUUUUGGUCUUGGGUUCUUUUUAGUCGCGUUCCAAAAAUGCCUUCGUAUCGCGAUCUGUUGCUGUUUCGUUCGGCCAGUCGGUUGCUCUCGUUUCAGAGAACCAUCCGCGAGGCACCGAGUUGCCUGCGUACCUAUGCGACCAAGUGCAAGAAGCCGAAGGGCGUGGUCGUCGGGGUCUACCAGAGGGACAGCGACAAGCCGCCAAAGACCACAGAGAAUGCUGUGACCCUGGACGACUCGGUGGGCGGUAAGGUGAUACAGUGGAUCCGUGAACGAAACAUGGACGGCAGCCCGGGCAAGGGGCUGCUGUUCAGCGGCAUAGAGGGUGAAUACCAGGCGAUUGCCGUCGUGGGUGUUGGGGACUAUGACGCCGCCUUCGAUGAGGAGGAGGAAAUGGAUAUGGGCAUGGAGAAUGUCCGUUUGGCCGCCGGUGCUGGCGCUCGCGCCCUACAGCUGCAGGGAAUGAGCGAGGUGCACGUGGAUGGCAUGGGCUAUCCAGAGCAGGCCGCCGAGGGCGCCUCCUUGGCCGUGUGGCGCUUCAACAUGAACAAGAGGAAGAAGAAUCGCACAAAGACGCCAAAGCUGGACCUGUAUGGCAAGGGGGACCGUGAGGCCUGGACCCGUGGCCUGUUCAAGGCCGAGUCCCAGAAUCUGGCACGUCGUCUCUCCGAUAUGCCAGCGAACAUGAUGACCCCGUCCAUCUUCGCCCAGGCUGCCGUCGAUGCUCUGUGCCCCUGCGGCGUGACGGUGGAGGUCCGUUCCAUGGACUGGAUCGAGGACAUGGGCCUGUCGUCGUUCCUAAUGGUCGCCAAGGGUUCCUGCGAGCCGCCCCUGAUGCUCGAGUGCGCCUACUGCGGCACUGCCCCGGAGGAGAAGUCCAUUCUGCUACUCGGCAUGGGCUUGACCUUUAACAGUGGCGGCCUCUGUCUGAAGGGCAAGACGGGCAUGGACCAGUAUCGCGGCGCCCUGGCUGGAGCUGCCGUCUGUGUGGGCGUGCUCCGAGCCGCUUCUGCCCUCUCGCUACCGAUGAACAUAUCGGCGAUCAUUCCGCUCUGCGAGCACAUGCCCUCCGGCAUGGCGGUCAAGUGUGGCGAUGUGGUGACCCUGCUCAAUGGCAUCACCAUGGGCAUCAAGGAUGUGGGCAAGGCGCCUGUUGUGGUGAUGGCCGAUCCUCUGCUCUACGGCCAGGCCACGCACAAACCCAAAAUGAUCAUUGACAUCGGCACGGUGGCUCAAGGCGUCAACUAUGGACUCGGUGGAGGCGCCACUGGGCUGUGGACCACCUCGGACUUUGUGCACAAGGAAUUCCGCAAGGCUGGCGGCAUAACUGGUGAUCGGAUAUGGCGCUUCCCGCUCUUCAAGUACUACCACCAGAUAGUCACCAAGAACACCACCUACGAUCUGAGCAACUGUGGCCGUGGACCGGCCACCUCCUGCCUGGCCGCUGCCAUCCUACGCAGCCUCGUCCCUUGCGUCGAUUGGGCGCAUUUGGAUAAUCGUGGCACCGGCAUGCUGACCAGAACCAACCCAUUGCCCUAUUUGCUCAAAGAUCAGAUGACCGGUCGCCCCACACGCACCAUUAUCCAGUUCCUGUACCAGCUCGCCUGCUCUCAGUCUUAGUCUCAGCAUCUCUUUUGAUCGUUCUAAAACACAUUGUAAUUUGGCUUGAAACAUCAAUGUUAGAACCCACCCAACCCACUGACCGAACGCGCACCACUCCCAAUAUGAUUCAGUUAAUUUAUCAACUGGCCUGCUAGCCAGUUGCCAGUUCCAGUCUAAAUUUUGGUUAUAAUCUUAUCAAGCACAUUGUUGUAAUUUGGCUUGAAACUUCAAUGGUUUAAAUAUGUAAAUGAUAUUCCCAAUAAAUAAGUUUGUUGGAUGGA